AUGGAUUCAUCAAAGAGUCUCAGCCAUCAAGUUAUGGACAGUCAAUUCGAUCCCGAAAGCUCAUGGAUAACUGUCAUGUGUCGAGCCUCGCGAUUUCAGAUUACUGUAUCACUUAAAGAUCUUCGCGGAAGCUGCUUUGAGCUACAGUACUCACAACUUGUUGCCAGAGUCGACGAUAUGGACGGUGGAGCUGACGACGACUACGAGGCAUUGUGUAGCUGGAUUGUGGAACCAUGCUUUUCUUACUUUCGAGAACAUACAACACAUGUACCUAAGGAUCUCACUUUCGAAGCGUUCUACUAUCCACCAACCUAUCAUUUGAAGCUUAUAGUUUCAGAGUCUUCCCUUUGCGCUAAGGCUACUCGAGAUCGUCAUACUAUCAAUCCUUUCGCUCUUAUGAUCCCGUCUCGAGACCUUCCACAAUAUCCACAAGUCUAUUGCUCAAAGGCAUCAGAUAUCCAAAUUGUCCCUGCGGUUACAGAAACCUAUGACUAUAUGUCCGAAAUACCCCGAAAGGCCAGUACUGGGGAUGGCACAAUCAAGUUCUUUAAGCCCGCGCUUGACAAAAGCCAAAUUAUUAGAGAAAUCGAUAUGCAUUCACGUAUCCUUAAUGCCGGUUUAAAGGGUAAAAUUAGAGUGGCCAACUUUCACAGUAUUGUGAUAUCCAAAGACGCUAAGAUGACGAUCGGCCUGCUGUUUGACUUUAUACCCUCAAUCGGCGAAUCUUUACAAAGUCGCCAAUGCAAGAUGGCCUCAGAACAUCAUGCAAAGUGGAAGCAGCAAGUCACAGCUAUGGUCAAGGAGCUACAUUCUCAUGAUAUUGUGUGGGGUGAUGUUCAUCCUGGGAAUAUCGUUAUUGAUAAGAAUUUCGAUGCUUGGAUUGUGGAUUUCGGCGGUGGGUGGAUUGAGGACUUUGUUGAUCGCAAGAAAGCAGGUACAAAGGAAGGAGAUUGGCAAGGGGUUCAAAGAAUCUUCGAAGAAUGGAUCACUCGAUAG